CUCUGCGUCUAUUAUACAUAAGUACAUAGUAUAUUUUACACCAGACACAACUUCAAUCACGAGUGCCAUUUACUGAUAAAUAAGGACGUUGUAAAUAGCUGUCUUUAUAAAUUGACACCGUUAAUCUAACUAAAUAGAUAAUUCUUAACACUAAUUUGCCAAUUCCCUUAUUUGUUUUGAGGCCAUAUUUAAAAUAUCCGUUAAACUAUCCAAAUUAUCAUUUCCUUAAGAGCUUUAUCUAGCUAACGGUCAAUAGGCUAGAGACUUCCAUCGUUAAAUUAGUGAUAGUCGAGUCUUCAGCUUGGAUAAAAGUGUUAAAAGUGAUAAUAGCGCAAUGAAUCUUUUAAAUAUUAUACCGAUUAUUUUAUUUAGCGUUAUGUGUGAAACUUUGGAAGUAAACAACAAGUCACAGCACUACGGUAAUAACAGCAGAGACAAGUUGGAAUUCAAUGAAAACAAUACAAAUAAGGUUUCGGCAACAGAGGAUUAUCCGAAAAAUAAAGUACAAAUAAAAGUGUACUACGAAUCCCUUUGUCCAGGCAGUAUCGACUUUUUCAAGAAUCAACUCCGCCCCGCAGUAGAGGCGCUGGCACCAUUCUUGGACAUACAUUUGGUGCCUUACGGAAAUGCCAAGACGCGUGAAGUGUCUGGACAUUUUUAUUUUAAGUGCCAGCACGGGCCAGAGGAGUGCUUCGUCAACAGACUUCACGCGUGUGCUGUGGAUGUCCUGAGGAAUGAGUCUCAGGCCGUGAUUUUCAACGCCUGCCUCAUGCAAUACAGCAAGUUUAGGAGGCUCCCAAAGUUUGAUUACCGCAUAGUGGUUAGCUGGUGCAAUUACACACUACAGUUACGAACCCAGGGGAUUUGGGAAUGCGUUAACGGAGACCGAAGUUCUGCUCUGCUCAAGGCUUACGGAGUAGAAACACGAGCCCUCAGGAUUUCGUACGUCCCGUACGUCGUAUUAGGGAGUUCAACAGAUGGCCCAGACGAUGCUGGUGGUGAUCUUAUGUCCACGAUAUGUCAUAAGUUAAACCCAGCACCUCCGCCUUGUGAAAAAUGGAUAGGAGCUUAAUUUUAGUAAAACAUAUUAACAUUAAAAUAAA